UUCUUCAUUUCCCCACACGUAAAAGCUAAACUGAAUCAUAGUUUCAUACAUAGAGAGAGACAGAGAAUCCCCAAGUCCCUCAUUCUUCUUCUUGUUCUUCUCUUCAAUCUAGCGCAUCGGUUUCCGUGAAUCUUGGUAAAGAUGGUGUCUUACGAGUACGUUCUGGGUGGAGUCUUGGCUUCUCUGCUCGGCUCUGUUUUCUUCAUGAUCAUCACCAGCACUUUUAGCGCUAAGAAAAAGGUAGAGGAUUUCAGAGUGAUAAUGGGUUUGUGAGGAUGCCGCAGAACGGUGUGUUUCAACCGGAGAUGGAGGAGGAGGAGAAAAGUACCGACGUCGUCAUUGUCGGCGCCGGAGUUGCCGGUGCAGCUCUUGCUUACACUCUUGCCAAGGAAGGACGGCGUGUACAUGUUAUUGAAAGAGACUUGAGUGAGCCAGACAGAAUUGUUGGUGAGCUUUUGCAGCCUGGGGGUUAUCUCAAAUUGAUUGGGUUGGGUCUUGAAGAUUGUGCAAACGAGUCAAUUGAUGCUCAGAAGGUCUUUGGUUAUGCUCUUUACAAAGAUGGCAAGGAUACAAAACUGUCUUAUCCCUUGGAGCAGUAUAGUUCAGAUGUGGCUGGGAGAAGUUUCCACAAUGGGCGUUUUAUUCAAAGAAUGCGUGAAAAAGCUACAACUCUUUCAAAUGUCAAAUUGGAACAAGGAUCGGUGACUACACUAAUCGAGGAAAAGGGCAUUGUCAAAGGGGUGAUUUACAAGAACAAGGCUGGAGAGGAGAUGAGAACAUAUGCUCCACUAACAAUUGUGUGCGAUGGCUGCUUUUCAAAUCUGCGCAAAUCUCUCAGUGAUCCAAAGGUAAUGAUGCAUUUUCAAUAUUGGAAGAUCAAGCAUUCGUUAUGUAUCAGACUCAAUCAUAGGAGGUUUUUCUCUUUCAUUAGACCGACAAUGUUUUUGUUAUUGCUGCAGGUUGAAAGCCCCUCUUGUUUUGUUGGUUUGGUGUUAGAGAACUGUGAUCUUCCCCAUGCAAAUCAUGGACAUGUGAUUUUGGGAGACCCUUCACCCAUCCUGUUUUAUCCUAUUAGUUCCACUGAGAUUCGUUGUUUGGUCGAUGUACCUGGGACAAAAGUAACUUCAGUUGCUAGUGGUGAAAUGGCUAACUAUUUGAGGACUGUGGUGGCUCCUCAGGUUCCCCCACAGCUCUACAAUGCUUUUAUGGUUGCAGUAGAGAAAGGAAAUAUUAGAUCCAUGCAAAACAAAAGCAUGGCUGCUAAUCCAGUUCCCACUCCUGGAGCAAUUUUGUUGGGGGAUUCAUUCAACAUGAGGCAUCCUUUAACAGGAGGAGGAAUGACCGUGGCUCUUUCAGACAUAGUCCUUCUCCGCGAUCUUCUUAGACCCCUACGUGAUCUUAAUGAUGCACCUGCUUUGUGCAAUUACCUUGAAUCAUUUUAUACAUUGCGUAAGCCUGUGUCAUCUACCAUAAACACAUUGGCAAGUGCUUUGUACAAGGUUUUUUGUGCUUCGCCUGAUCCAGCAAGACAGGAAAUGCGUGAAGCCUGUUUUGGCUAUUUGAGCCUUGGAGGAAUCUGUUCAUAUGGACCAGUAUCUCUGCUCUCUGGCCUUAAUCCUCGUCCGCUACACUUGUUCCUCCAUUGGCGCUUAAUGCUUCCAUUCCCUUCACCUCAACGCAUCUGGCUAGGGUUUAGAUUGAUCUUGAGUGCAUCAGGCAUCAUAUUCCCCAUUAUAAAGGGAGAAGGGGUUAGACAGAUGUUCUUUCCAGCAACGGUGCCAGCAUAUUAUAGAUCACCACCUCUUCAUUGAAGAAAUGACACAAGAAUAUUUGGACAGAGUCUUA